UGUUACUUUGGAAGCCAGAAGCAUUGCAAGUUGACUAAACUUUGUCCGGCUUUGGGUUACACCUUCCGAUUAGCAGCUCAGAAUGACAUUGGUACUAGUGGGUACAGCCAGGAGGUGGUAUGCUACACUGCAGGUAAUAUUCCUCAGACCCCUUCUGCACCAAGGCUUGUUCGAGCUGGUGUUACGUGGAUCGCGUUGCAGUGGAAUAAAGUAGAAGGAUGUACACCAGAGGAAGUGAUUUCCUACACCCUGGAAAUUCAGGAAGAAGAUAAUGAUAGCGUGUUUCACCCAAAGUACACUGGAGAGGAGCAAGCCUGUACUGUGAAGAAUCUCAGAAGAAGCACACAGUAUAAAUUCAGGCUGUUUGCUUCUAAUGUGGAAGGAAAGAGUUCUCCCAGCGAAGUGUUGGUCUGUACAACAAGCCCAGACAGGCCAGGACCUCCAACCAGACCCGUUAUUAAGGGGCCAAUAACGUCUCAUGGCUUUAGUGUGAAGUGGGAUCCUCCACAGGAUAAUGGUGGUUCGGAAAUCCUAAAGUAUCUAUUAGAGAUUUCUCAAGGAAGUCCGGAAGCAAAUCAAUGGGAAGUGGCAUAUAGUGGAUCGGCUACAGAAUAUACCUGUACUCACUUGAAACCAGGCACUUUGUAUAAACUCCGGGCAUGCUGUAUCAGCACUGGCGGACACAGUCAGUGUUCUGAAAGUUUACCUGUCCGUACGCUAAGUGUUGCACCAGGUCACUGCCGACCACCAAGAGUUUUGGGGAAGCCGAAGCACAAAGAAGUACAGCUACAAUGGGAUGUCCCUCCAUCAGAAAGUGGCUGUCCUGUCUCAGAGUACAGUGUAGAAAUGACAGAACCCGAAGAAGUUGUUUCUGAAGUGUAUCAUGGGCCUGAUCUGGAGUGCACCGUCAGCAACCUUCUUCCUGGAGCAACGUAUCGGUUCCGAGUGAGAGCUUUGAAUGAUGGUGGGUACGGGCCGUAUUCGGAAGCUACAGAAGUCACCACGGCAGCAGGACCGCCUGGCCAGUGCAGCGCACCUUCCCUCUCCUUUCUGUCUGACACACGUGUACUUGUAAGCUGGGAGAGUCCUGAAUGUUCUGGUGCUGACAUCUCUGAAUACAGAUUGGAGUGGGGAGAAGAUGAGGAAUCUCUACAACUUGCGUAUAACGGCACAGAUACCUGUUUUGAAAUAAGUGAAUUGUCAGCGGCAGCGCAUUACUGCUGUAGGCUACAGGCUAUUAACCAGGCAGGAGCUGGACCCUACAGUGACCUGGUAACCUGCAGAAUCCCAGCAUCUGUGCCUGAUGCAGUCUCUACACUUUCCGUGCUGGAGGAUGAGCACGUGGAUGCCUGUCAACUCUCACCCUCUGUGUGCCUUGUACUGAACUGGGAAGAACCAUGCAAUAACGGAGCUGAGAUUACGUCGUACAACAUUGACCUGGGUGACAUCAGCAUUCCAGUAGGAAAUGUUACAAGUUAUGUUAUCGAUGAUUUGCUUCCAGAAACCUCAUACCGGAUCAGGAUCCAGGCUGUCAAUGAAAUCGGAGCUGGACCAUUUAGCCACUUUAUUAAAGCAAAAACCAGGCCGUUACCACCCUUACCUCCUCGGUUAGAGUGUGCUGCAGCAGGUCCUCAGAGCCUGAAGCUGAAAUGGGGAGACAGCAGUUCCAAGCUUCAUGCUACCGAUGACAUGGUCUAUAUCUUGCAGAUAGAAGACAGAAAUAAAAGGUUCAUUCCGAUUUAUAGGGGACCAAGUCAUACGUACAAGAUACAGAGGCUGACAGAAUCCACUUGUUACUCAUUCAGAAUACAGGCGGUCAAUGAUGCUGGGGAGGGACCUUUCUCAGAAAUAUGUACCUUCUGCACAACUAAGUCAGUCCCACCUGCAAUCAAAGCCCCUCGAGUGACACAGCUGGGAGGAAACGCCUGUGAAAUUACCUGGGAAAUGGUCCCACCCAUGAAGGGAGAUCCUGUCGGUUACGUUCUGCAGGUACUGGUUGGAAGAGAAUCUGAAUACAAGCAGGUGUACAAGGGAGAAGAGACCACAUUCCACAUCUCAGGCCUUCAAGUCAACACAGACUAUCGGUUUCGCGUCUGCGUCUGCCGCCGGUGCUUGGAUACCUCACAGGAACUUAGUGGACCUUUCAGCCCAUCCGUUGCCUUUAUGCUUCAGCGAAAUGAGAUCAUGCUUGCAGGAGAAAUGGGAAGCAUAGAUGAUCCUAAGAUAAAGAGCAUGAUUCCUACUGAUGAACAGUUUGCAGCCCUCAUUGUUCUCGGCUUUGCAAGUUUGUCAAUUAUAUUCGCCUGUAUAUUACAAUACUUCUUUAUGAAGUAGAGAAUUCAAUGGAAGUUUGAGAUACAAAUUUAACUAAUGCUACGCAUUAUAAUCCACACAUUUAUUCAGAUAUUCCUUUUUUUGAAAUCCUUUUGUUCUACCAUGCAUUUUAUAUACUUCUCUUGUUUUUACAGUUCUAGCUUGACGAAAGAUAAAUCAGUGUUUUGAUGCACCUUUUUGAAAUUCAAAACUAGGAAGUGGUCAAACUGGAGAAACAAGCAAACCAGAUACCAAAAGCAAGAUUUUUUUCCUUCACAGUUUCAAAAUAGUCACCAAUUUGCCUUUUCAAUGUUGUUUUGUUUUUUUCACCGAAGUUCGUACAGUCUCUUAUUUUAUCUUAACUAUUUAGGAAAUUUUAAUCAUGAGUCACUUUUUUGUCUCUUCUUUUUCCUUCUAAACAUUAGUCACAAGUGUGUAUAGUGGUAAGACUAGAAUACAGUGUUAGUCAACAGUACCAGGUUUUCCUUGAACAGUAUUAGCAGUGUUGCCUAUGAAUUAUUCACUCCAUUUGCCCCAGUUUUUUCAAGAUGAAACAUAAGUUGUUAUUUUAACUGUUUAGUGCAUUUAAAUUGGAACAAUAUCCUGCAGUCGAAAAACCUUUUUAAUUAUCUGUUAUUUUUACAGUUAAAACACUAUAAACUGCCUGUAUAAGAAAUCAGAUAACCAAACUGCGUAUAAAUUAUGAAGCAUUAUAGAUUUUUUUUUUUACCAUUUUGAUUCCUAGCAGUAAUUUUAAGUAAGAGGGCAUUGUGCAAUAGUUAGUUAUUCCCAUGUUCAGCUAUUAAAAGCUGCUUUAACUUGUCUGUUUGUCACUGUAUAUAACUAUUCCUAAUCUAAUACUAGAUAUUAUUCUAUUAUGUUCAGCUUGAUUUAUAUGAUUAGAGCUGGUGACAGCUUACUGCCUCUACUGAAUUAGGUGAGAUUUACACUCGAUGUAAGCAAACUUUACUGUCAGUUGAUUUUUUUUUUUUUUAAUUAUUAUUAUUAUUUUUUGGAGGGGUAUCCAUUUUAUGGAACUUUUUUGGAGGUAUCAGAAAUGAGAUCUGUUUAUUUUAAAUGCCUUAAAUGGGUGUCUGUGCUAUUCUUACCACAGGGCUAAUUGAAAUAACUUGGUACAUGGCAAAAUUCAGACGAGAGUCCUGCUCUGAUGGGAAUGUCCCCCCUCCUCCUGCCUGCCCAUUCCAAGAUACACGUUUUAAUCCAUCAAGAUACUAGAAUUUUUAACUCUACAAUCAUUGGAUUAUUUAUAUUAAGUCAACAUUGUGCGAGUACCUCAGGGACAUAAAUGAGCUGGAGGUGCAAAUAGAUUCCAAAAGGGUGCAACAGACACAGUGUAUUUCCCUGCCUCUUGUUUUUGUAUAUUUUUGCUACUUGGUUUUGCUUUUGUCCUAGCUAUUUUGUGCUCUGUCUCCAUCGUCUAAGAUUCAGUGUCCUGUACUAGCAUAAUAUUCCCUUAACCAAAGUAAUGGGGAAAAAACAACAUUAUUUUUGUUUUAGGUUUAUUUAUACUAUAUACUGCAUACAGUACUUUAAAUACCAAUUACAGUGCAAUCUUUUAUUUAUUGUAAAAAAAUAAAAAAUAAAAAGUGUACUUAUGUACUAAUCCCCCUCCCCACCCUCCCCAUAGCAUGUUACAUUUUGUCUGUUUUAUAUUGUUGUACUUUAGGUCAACUUUUUACCUGGCAGCAUUCCUAGUAUUAUUAAUCUUCUUACAUUUUCUUGUGUUUUUGAAGAUGGGAGCAUCUAGUACAUUAAAUGCCAAAAAAAACCAUUAUCAGUGAUUCAAACGUUUACAUGUAUCCAAAAACAUAAUCAUCUCUGGAAAGAAAGUGCUAAGAUCAAUGAAUUAUUCUGUGUGCCUCUCUAGAUGUAGCAAAUAUUAGAAAUGUUCUGUAUUUUGUUAUUGACUAUAAUUAGUUUAAUUUAGCCUUGCAAACUAAUGGCAUUGAGCUAAAUAUAUAUAUUUUUUUUGUUUUUGCCAAAGUCAUGGCUUGUCAAAUUUAUUUACAUCUUAUUUAAAUCUAUUUGUGAUAUGAAACUUUGUGACCUUACAUCUGUAUUUUGUGAGCAAAGCAUAUGCAGCUGUCUUCAAUGGAGGGGAAAAGAGUGUAUUUUUUAAAACAAUGAAAAGACUGCUAGUUUGGAAACCCAGAAAUUUGAAUAGAUUCCCUUUUUUUAUUUUUGGAAUAUUGUUUCAGCAGUGCUGCUAUGAAAUCCAAGCUUGACACCUUUUUAAUAAAAACUGCUUUAAUAAAAAAAGAACAAAAAAAACCCGCCUUGCUUCAGAUGAUUUGAUCAAUUUUGAAAGUUUGAAAUACAAAUGAUACUAAAAGCAGCGAGCAGAAGUGUAGAGAAAAGCAAUCGGUUACACUUGAAGCAUUUCUGUCAUUGCUAA